UAUUUCCUUCUUGUUUGUACUCAGCCAAACUAGCAAGACGCAGCCAGGAACGAGACAAUCUUGGCAUGCUGGUCUGGUCUCCUAACCAGAAUCUGUCAGAAGCAAAACUGGAUGAGUACAUCUCCAUCGCUAAGGAGAAGCACGGGUACAACAUGGAGCAGGCUCUUGGGAUGCUGUUUUGGCAUAAGCAUAAUAUUGAGAAAUCCCUGGCUGACUUGCCCAACUUUACACCCUUCCCAGACGAGUGGACUGUGGAAGAUAAAGUCUUGUUUGAGCAAGCCUUUAGUUUUCACGGGAAAACUUUUCAUAGAAUCCAACAAAUGCUUCCUGACAAAUCCAUUGCGAGUCUAGUGAAGUUCUACUACUCCUGGAAAAAGACAAGGACAAAGACCAGUGUGAUGGACCGCCAUGCUCGGAGGCAGAAACGGGAGCGAGAGGAGAGUGAGGAUGAGCUGGAAGACACAAAUGGAAAUAACCCCAUUGACAUUGAGAUUGAUCAAAACAAGGACAGCAAAAAGGAGGUGCCCCCUGCUGAGGCAAUCCCUCAGAUCAAAAAGGAAAAACACAGCACACAGGCUAAAAAUAGAGCAAAGAGAAAACCUCCAAAAGGAAUGUUCCUUUCUCAAGAAGACGUGGAGGCUGUUUCUGCCAAUGCCACUGCUGCUACCACGGUGCUGAGACAGCUGGAUAUGGAGCUGGUGUCCAUCAAGCGACAGAUUCAGAAUAUUAAGCAGACAAACAGUGCUCUCAAAGAAAAACUUGAUGGUGGAAUAGAGCCCUAUCGACUUCCAGAGGUCAUCCAGAAGUGCAAUGCACGUUGGACCACGGAAGAGCAGCUCCUGGCUGUGCAAGCCAUCAGGAAAUAUGGCCGAGAUUUUCAGGCAAUCUCGGAUGUGAUUGGGAACAAAUCAGUGGUACAAGUGAAAAACUUUUUUGUGAAUUACCGCCGCCGCUUCAACAUAGAUGAAGUUUUACAAGAGUGGGAGGCGGAGCACGGGAGAGCCGAAACCAAUGGCCCCAGUGGCCAGAAGCCUGUCAGGUCCCCAGAACCGUCCAUCAAGGUGCCCGAGGAGGAAGAUGAGACAGCUUCUGUUCUCGAUGUCAGAUAUGCCUCUGCCUCUUGAGACACUGGGAGCUUGGAGCACUUGGUGUGGACAACUUUAUAACAGGAUAUCAGGUAUUCCAGGACGUCACCUAGCCAUCUGCAUCACAUCUCUGUGGACAAGCAGCUAUUACCAAAAAAGGCAUCCAUUUCCUCCUUGCUACAUCUGCCUUAAUCCUUUGCUCGUUUCUCCGUGUUGGCGCCACUUCCCAGAGAGCUCCAUCGCACCCCUCCCUCUGCCUGCGUGCUGAGGGGUCUCACAGCCUGCACGCCCCCUUGGACUCUGGGGACCCUGCCUUGCUGGAGCCCCAGCAGCAGCUCUGCUCAGCCAGCAGCUUUGGAGCAGGUGGUCGACCCUGGCGGCCCGCCCCUGGUCCCGCACGGCCCGCAGUUCUGACUUUGUACAUAAUGUAAUUUUCAGAUUAACUGUGACCCUGUUGGCCUUCUAGAAAGUUUCUCUGUUCUUUUUCUGAGGCAUCCACCUAAAUGAUAUCAUGCUUCUUUGGAAACCCCAGGACAUUGGCAGACUGCAUCGAUAACCUUUAUUGUGCCAAACCUCCUAGCGUGACUCCUGCCCGUUUCCCUACACAUAGGGCCUGAUUAUGAUUUCAGAAUUUCGUUGGCUGAAGCCACUCCUUCCCCCUUCGUGUGUGGUAGGAGGUCCAUUCGCAACAACUGUCCUCAGACUCUGCAGCUUAAGGGAGCGUGGACCUCGACACCAGUACUCUCUGCCUUUAGCUCUCAGCAUUGGGUCCCAGGAGGGUGCCACCCUGGCCUUUCCUGACUCCCCGCCACCCACCUCCAAGAGAUUCGGUCCAUACCACUGUACCUGGUGCUUGUACAUUUGGAAUUGGUGCCUUCUCCUUUUGGCAACCAUGUUAUCAAUCCUGUUUCUGUUCCAGUGUCUUGUUUCUUUAAAGUUUAUUGCUUGCCAAAGAUGCCAUCACUGAGGUCAGGAGCUGGCUGCGGAUUCUGACGGUGGAUUUUCAGCAUCAGGUUAGCUCUUUAGCUCUAUAAGAGUGUUGGGAGUAGCUGGCAGUGGUUUUGUUUUGUAAGAGCGACAUGCUGUCCCCAUCUUUUCGGUAUGCCUGGCCUUGGACAUGUCACUCCACACCCCUUGAGGCCCUCAUGUGACCCCCAUCCCAGCAUCCUUUCUCCAGUACAGGACAGAGAAUGAGACCAAGAUGAGAGGAAGCAAUCUACGAAGUGGUGUGUAAUACUUUUCAGUUGGACUAGGAACAAGUGAAAAUGUCUAAAAAAAUAUUGUGAAACUUCCAGAAUCAAUUCUCCUGGCAGACCAUGGGUCUACUGUCAAGUGGAGGGUGUGCGUGCUGACAUCAUCUGUCAUACCCCAUGAUCACUUCAGCCUGCACUAAAUCCAAGAAAGUAAAGAAAGUAGCCUUUUCUGUAUCCCCCUGUUCCACCCCACCUCCACCAUUGAAAUAUUUUUCCUGUUUUCAAUACCAAAAACGUUAUAAUAAAACAGAUGCUUUAAGGCAUAAGCAGAAUUCUUAAGGACUUAAAAUAUGCAAUUAAAAUUUUGAUGUGAUUUGAUCUCCAAGCACCUUGCUGCUUUAUUUUUUAAUUUUUUUUCCCUCUCUCUUUCUCUCUCUAAUCAGCUGGUUUUUCUCUCAGGAAGAGGAAGAGGGUCAGCUGGUAACCAGACUAUUCUUAGACUUUUUUUCCUUAAGUAUUCUGGAGAAAGGUCAUUCACAAGGGUAGUGAAGUGAGCUUCCCUACUUUGACUUUCCUGCCCCUGAGCUAGGUGUCUGCUCAGAUAAGUGCAUGUGAAGAGGUCAGAAGGUGAUCACAGCUCCCGCUCCUCCCUGAGCAGAGCUUGCGUAGUAACACUAGUAACCACUUAGGGCUUGCCUUUUGCUUCACUCCUAGGCCUGCUGUGCCAUUGAACAUGCAGGGAAGACAUGGGGAGGAGUCAGCUUGAGCUUCACCUGUGGUUUCCAGGAGACACUGGGCAUGAGCUGGGAUGUCCUUGCACUCUCAAAAGCUACUUCCUCUUAGCAAGCAGCCUGCCACCCCAGGAAGGCCUUUCUUCCUGCCCACCAGGCUACUUCCCCCUCAGAAUAGCUCCCCUCUGGGCACACCUGAAAGUUUGAUGCCGGUUUUUCAGUAGUGUGCCAGGCGCACCACAGCACAAGACCCACCUGUCCUGCGUGGUCCUCUGGCUUGGCUCCUGGCACUGAGUGCGAGUGGACUUGUGGUCUCAGAUGCCAGGCUUCUGCUUAGUCCUUGAGGGAGAGGGGCCUGCAGCUGCAAUCUGGCCAGAGGAAGGAAGGGGCUGUCUCGGCCUGGCUGCCUUGGAUGCAGCUUCACACAUAAGAAAGCACUGUGUUUUAUUAGCCCGUUUCAUUACACUGUCUUUGCAACAAUGUUAUAAAUGCAAGAUGUCACUCUGCUUUAAAAGGGGAGUGACUUGGUCUUACCUGAAGGCCUGUGUUAACAUAUCAAGACUUGGCUGCAUCAGCAGAUUGUAUUUGAAUGGGGGAGGAUUCACGAUGGCAACUGCUUUGGAUGCAAUGUUCACUUCAGCUUUGUCUUCUUAAGAAUUAUCAAUGUGAAUGUCAUAAUUAUAUAUAUAUUUUUUUUUUGUGGGAAAUUGCUCCUGAGUAUAAGUUAUUGUGCAAAAUAGAGUACCCAUUGAAGCAAACGAUAGUUUAACUUUUAGUUUAGAAAUCCUAAAAGAAAAAAAUUGUAUUUGCAUAUGCAUUAAAAGUUUGUUUUAUUUAAUUUUAUGUAGCUGUGUAAAGUGUUAGGUUAAAAAAAUUUUUUUUUUUUUACUUAUCCAUUUAAAACACCUUGUUACUUGAAUAUUGAUUGUGUUGACUGGUCUGAAACAGUGACCGAUCCUGUAACAUAGCCCCCAGCCGGGAUGUCACCAGGCCUCCGCUGUGCUGACUAGACUCGCGGGAGCUGGGUGGUGCUGGUUCAGCGGGAGCCAGGUGAGUGUAGCUCACCCAUUGCUUGGCCGGCCGGACCCUGUGCCUGCCUGCCUCCCUCCCUUCCUCAGCAAUGGUUUCUGAUAGAUUUGGACCUCCAAAACCCUUUAGUGGCGAGCCUCUAAUCCAAAAGUAAAAAUGGGGAAAAGAGGUUGAGUUUGAAGAGCUUGCCCUACAAGGUGAGCAGUUUUAUGUGUCUAUAAGGUUUUCUCCAAUAUCACCCCACUCUUAAGUGUGCUUAUUGUCACUUUAAAUUUCAACUAUGCCCUGUUUUUGUUUCUCUAAAAUAUCCUAUGUACUAUUGGUAUAAUUGUGUACCAAAAAUAAGCCAAACAGUGCAUUACACUAACUGGAUCCCCGUGCGCGUCAGCGGAGGAGAGAGGAGCUGGCUCACUGGAGAGCCUCGUUUUCUCUCUUGUCUAGCUUGUUUCUGAAUCCAGUGGCCCAAGGUUCAAGCUUUUCGUCUCGAGUGAAACUCGGUCUCCAGUUGACUCAAGGUAGUGAGCUGAUUGAAAUCUAGUGACCUUGUGCAAUGCUUGACGACAGAUCCUCUUCCUGCCUCUCCCCGGACCUCUGCAGCUUCUCCCAACUCCAGAAAAGCACAAUUGUAGUAACGUCCCAACUCCGAAGAAGGAAGGUCAGUAUGGUCUAUGCAUGAGGUAUGAUGGUGCGUGUUUACAGCUACCUUCUCCCGACGCCAACAGGGCCUGCUGGAGGGGCUCGGAUUCCAUGACGUAGACUUUAGAACUUUGCUAAGUGCUUUUUUAGACUGCUUAAAACUUUUCCCAGAUUUUAAAAGAUGUUUAAGGUUAAGUUUGCAAAUAUAAUGGAGAUGCUGUUUAUCUUUUGAAGUGAUAAAAACAUCUGCGUUGGAAUUUCAAAGAAAACAUGUUGUAAUACUGCUGUGUAAGCGCUAUUUGAAUGUCUUCUUGUGCUUGUUUUCUACUUCAGCACAUGCGCUGUGGUGACUGUGGGUAGCAUUAUAACUGCUUAGCCAUUGGGUGAUAACAAUUGCUAGUGGGAAUUGGACAUUUUAUUUGUGAAAUUCUGCAGAAUUCAUUUUUCUAUUUCCAAUAUUUGCUGAAGUUAAAUAAAAGUUUUCAAGCCA